GAAAAAUCUGGUUAGAAACAGACUUGAGCCCCCAGAUCCCACUUAACAAAGAUGCACCAUUUCUUGAAUUUCACAUCAAUCAUCUUGGUUCACAUUCACUUUGUGUUGGGAAGCUUCAAUUUGGAUCACACAGUCAGUUCCAAUGCAGCCUCCAAGAGACAAAGAAACCUUGAAAUAGCUGGAGAUACUAUCCAACAUCCAUCCAAGUUGCAGCAAAACACCAACUCAGUUGAUUCUCCGCUUGGUAAGAGUGCCCAUUUUCAUCCUCAAGAAUCCCCAAGCAUGGUGCUGCCAGAAAAAUCAACUUCUUUGGGUGCCUCCAUCCCCGAUGGCUUUAGAAAAGGAAGAAAACGACUAUCAGGUGAGGAAAUAGGUUUCCAGACCAAAGGUGAUAGUGAAAUUCAUUGGCAUACUUCAAAGAAACUCGGGGUGGAUCCAAAUUCAACUGGGGGUUCUCAUGUGAGAGCAGAAGGUGUAAAGAACUUCCCAGUUCCAUCAGAUCACAUAUUACACCAACAGGGACUCAAUGGUAAAUAUCUUUGA